AUGGCCGCCGCAAUUCCUGUUUUUACGAUCUAUGAUGCCAUGAUUUUAUGUCAAAUCCCUGACACUGGUAAUUUCCAAGGACAAACUGACGCUCAACGUAUGGCAGAAGAGCUCUUUGACAACGAUUUUGGCACUGCCAUGACCAAGUCAAUCAAGCAGGUCAACAUGGACCUUGCAACGCUUGCAUCCUUGACCGCUGUACAAGGACGAAUUGCAUUUGUACAGUGGGUUCGCGAUGAAAUUCGGAUGGGCAGAAACCCUGCACAACACCCUUUUCCAGCUGGAGAUACAUCUACUCUGCUGCAGCGAUUGAACUUCCAUCAAAAGUAUGUCAAAGAUUCUAAAACUUUAAUUGACAAUACGGUUCCACCCAAGUGGAGCAAAGAACAACAAUGGAAGCAAUGGGUCAAGCUGCUCCGUGACCACCUCCGCGCAUAUAUCGGUGUCAAUGGCAUCCCUCUUGUUUAUGUGGUCCGCGAGAAUGCAGCUCAAGACCCAACACCACAAGACGAUUUUCUUGACAAAUAUAUCAAUAUGGCUCUACUUGUUGGAACCGCCUUUAUUGUGGAUAACAAACAAGUGUUGGCUCUACUGAACAAAUUUAUCAUGGGUUGUUCUGAAGCUGAAAUGGUAAUACAAGCGCUCAAUACUACUACUGAUGGUAGAGCUGCUUUCUUCGCAUUGAAGGCAUUUUAUGAAGGUGAAGGCAUUUUCGCUCAUGAUGUCAUGGCGGCGGUAUUAUCGAUUAAUCAUCAAACACGGUAUCCCUGA